GCUUUCAUUACGGCUGAGUCAUUCGGGUAUAUAGAGCUACACGCGUCUGCCGACGAGUCAGCAGGUCUUCUAUCGCGCAUAUUCUUUUGUUGGACGAACAUACUUAUUCAGAAAGGGGGCAAGUUGCAACUGAAUUCGAUUGACGAUGUAUUUGCUCUGCCUCCAUCGCUUGAGGUAGCGUAUAUUGAGCACCAAAUGAUCGAGAAUUCACCAACUUUUUACUCUGAUGGUCAACAUUAUUCACUCUCAUCAUCGCUGUUAUCUACUUUCGGAGUAGCUUUCUUUUCUUUGGCCAUACUCAGAAUCGCGUCCGACGCAUUCACCUUCGCUGGUCCUAUUUUGCUUCAUCUUCUGGUUGAUGUCUUGGAAAAUCCUACUCCAAAUUCAAUUGGUUUUCUGUACGCCGCUCUCAUGGUCUUGUGUUCGCUUUUAGCUGCUUUGUUUUCGACAAAUUUCAAUUUUUAUAUGCAGAAAAUCAGCCUGAAAGUUCGAGCUGCAACUGUCACUGCGAUUUAUGAUAAACUGCUAAUGGUACCCUUGAGCGAGAUUAGCAAGUUUUCUUCAGGAUCUAUACUUAACUUUGUUUCAACAGACGUUGAUCGUUUAGUUAACUUUUGUAAUUCUUUUCAUGCGUUUUGGAGUUUACCAGUGCAACUCGCCAUUGCUCUCUACUUACUGUAUCGAGAAGUAGUUCGUGAAACGAUGGAAGGUAUACGAGCUGUAAAGUCAUCGGCAUGGGAGACAUUUUUUGAGGAGAAAAUCCGCAAACUUCGUGAAAAGGAGCUUUACUAUUUGAAAAUCCGCAAAUAUCUCGAUGCCGUAUGUGUAUAUAUGUGGGCUUCGGCACCGUUGCUAAUCACAAUCUCUAUUUUGACUACUUACGUCUUGGUGUUUCACUGGAAGCUCACUGCAGCCAAGGUGUUCACCUCCUUGGCUCUUGUCAACAUCCUAAUAAUGCCCUUAAAUGCUUUCCCAUGGGUGCUAAACGGACUUGUCGAAGCUUUGGUUUCAUUGAGGAGAUUACAGCGAUUGUUUGCUUUGAACAACAUUGAUGUGCACGAUGUGUACACACUUUCCGGAGAUAAAGAUACGUUGCUCUACGUUAGAGAAGGUAAUUUCUUCUGGCGAGGUUCCAAGCAAGCAAUCACCGAUGUGUCAUUUCAUGGGAGAAGGGGAAAGAUCAUUGGUAUAUCAGGAGAUGUUGGGAGUGGCAAAUCAACGUUGCUGCUGGGUCUUCUUGGUGAAACAAAGUCGCUAACUGAAUGUAUUGGAAUCACACAAGAUAGUGUUUCAAAUGGAAUUGGAUACGUUGGUCAGGAGAGAUGGCUAUAUCGAGGCUCUGUUCGAGAGAACAUAACUGCAGGCAAGGAUUUCGAUUCUAAGUUGUACGACACUAUACUGAAAAUCACUUGUCUUCAGCGUGACAUCAAUCUGAUGCCAGGAGGAGAUCUUUACGAAAUUUCUGACAACGGAGCAACUCUGAGUGGUGGGCAGCGAACUCGUGUAGCCCUUGCCAGAGCGCUUUAUCAGGAUAAUUCCAUGUAUUUACUCGAUGAACCGCUAGCUUCGCUAGAUCGAUGUGUCGCGGACUCCAUUUGGGUGGAGGCAAUCGAGAAGCGACUCAGAGAUCGUGGAUGUCUCGUCAUUGUAGCAACUCAUGACAAAAGAGUUCUGGCUCGAACUGAUGAGGUUAUUGUGCUAGGAAGUGACGGCAAAGUUGUGAAGAAAGGUACCCCUUCUGAAGUCAUUGGUAGUGAGAUUGAAGUGUUUGGAGAGGACGAGAACGAUAACGGCAGCGAUUCGACAGAGCUUGAGCGUAUCGUACUCCAAGAAGAAGAGAGACAGGUCGGCACGGUAAAAGCAUCAGUUGCUCAUACCUACAUGGUAGCUACUGGAUGCGCGCUGACUGUAUUGAUAGUGAUAGCUCUGUGUCUGAUGCAGUUUUCGAAGAAUGCGGCAGAUUGGUGGCUGAGCCGGUGGACCAAGGAUCAAGGCAACUUCUCCCAUUUGCUUACCGAUAGUCAGAUGGAUCGUUCUAUUCAUUUUCUUAUCAUUUACGGAGCAAUAGCAACAGCAAACACUAUAUUCACUCUGAUACGGGCCUUUUUGUUCGCGUACGGAGGUAUCAGAGCUGCAAAGCAUCUUCAUGAUAACCUGCUUCACAGGUUACUCAAGGCGUCAUCGUCAUGGUGGGAUCGUACACCUUCGGGACGUGUUAUCAACCGCAUUUGUUCCGACAUAUACACAUGCGACGACAAUUUGCCGUUUCAACUCAAUAUACUACUUGCGUCCUUAUUCAAUCUCAUUGGUACACUGGUAAUAACAAUAAUGGGUCUGCCACUCUUGCUACCAGUAAUUGUAAUGUUAUUGGUUGUAUACUACUUCAUUCAAAAAUAUUACCGCUUAACAACAGUUGAGCUGAAACGACUCACCUCCCUGAGUCUCUCACCUUUCUACUCACAUCUGGGAGAUACUGUAAAUGGACUGGCAACUAUUCGUGCUCAACGUUUUGUUGAAAGGUUCGCAAGAAAGUUGCGCGAACGUCUAACAGUGAACAUGCGAGCGCAGUUCUCAUCAAUCGCAGCUGGCCAAUGGUUGUCUAUUCGUUUGUCAAUUAUAGCCGUCAGCAUCGUUGCAGCUAUCGCUGCGUCGGCAGUAAUACAACAUCAAAUCACAGGGGUCGAUUCAGGACUUGUGGCGCUGGCAAUAACAUACGCGCUAUCAUUGACUGGUCUCCUGAAUGGCUUACUGAGUUCGUUCAUCGAAACUGAGAAAGAAAUGGUGUCUGUUGAAAGGAUAGAUGAUUAUCUCACAAAUGUACAAAUGGAAGAUGACAAGGGUGAUAUGGAGGGUCCCUACGAUUUCGCAGGCCGAGUUCAGUUUAGCGAGGUCUCAUUGCGCUACAACAGCUACUUGCCUCUAGCGUUGGAAAAUAUUAAUUUCACAAUAAACGCAGGAGAAAAAGUUGCAAUUGUCGGUAGAACGGGAAGUGGAAAAAGCAGUAUAUUCCAGGCCUUACUUCGGAUGAUACCGAUAGAAUCUGGGACAAUAACGCUCGAUGGGGUAUCAAUUUCCUCUAUUCCUUUGCAUACUCUGCGGCGUGCUUUCGGUGUGGUACCACAACAUCCGUUCAUAUUCAGUGGGUCGCUCUUUGAGAACCUAAUAGUGGGUUGUGAGCACGUAGACGCAAGUCAAGUGGCCAACAUCGCUCGAGUGGCUCACCUUGACACCCUUAUGACAAGAAUUGGAGGUCUAGAUGGCCAAAUUGAUGAAGGUGGCAAGAAUCUCUCAUUUGGAGAGCGACAGAUAAUUUCAAUUUGUCGUGUGUUGUUAGCAAAGUGCAAGGUGGUGCUGAUUGAUGAAGCCACAUCACACCUGGAUGCGACAGUACAUCGUCGAAUGAUGUCGUUGAUUUCGGUUCAUUUACCGAUGGCAACAGUCAUAUGUAUCACCCAUGUUCUUCAUGGGCUAUCAGACUUCGACACUGUAAUAGAGAUGGCGAAUGGGAAAAUACUUCGUCAAGGACCUCCGACAGAGCCCAUUUCGCAUGAAAUUCGCUCUUAG